UUCUGUCAGUUAUUCAUCCACAAACAUCAUGAUCGGGAGAGUUGUUUUUCUGGGACUCCUGCUCAUCUGCGUGGCUGCAGAUGCUGAGGAGAACUCUGGAGUCUUGAGGAAGCCGUCCUGUCCGGACAGAGGGGAGAUCUUGGCCUGCCCUCUGAACCUCGCUCCUGUGUGUGGCAGCGAUGGAAACACCUACGCCAACGAGUGCACCCUGUGUGUCCAGAGACAAAUAACCAGGGCGGAAAUUUUGAUCGCCAAAGAGGAGAGUUGCUGACCAGUGCAGCCAGGGGGUGAUGUCAGCGCCAAAGUGACCAAACAGGAUCUGAUUAUCGACCCAACAUGGAUCUGUGAAAUUACAUUUCCUAAAUGUUUGUCAUUGCAAUGAGUAAUAAAUGUCUAUCAGCAGUAUUAAACAUUCUGUUGUUUCUUUUUUUAAAACAAUAAAAUCCAUAU